UACCGUACACCAGACGGCAGCAAACUGCCCACAAACAGUAUCCAGCAUUACUGGCAGUCCAUCUGUCAAGCAUGAAUUUACGAAAAUAGGAACGUUUUGUGCAUUUAAUUCGCCGGCGCACCGGCUCCCUUGUCUACGUCUGUGACAUGCAGGGGGAUAAAUAGUCUUCUAUUCGCCGUUUAGGAGAUAAAUUGCGGCAAAAUGGUGGUUUUUAACGGCACAAUUCGGAUGCGAGUGUGCGAGGCGGUGGACUUGAAGCCGACCGAAUUUUCCACCAGACACAGUGUAACAUCGAAGGACUCGAAGAAGGGAGGUACAACCAUCGACCCGUACAUUAUCAUUACUGUCGACGAUCAACAUGUCGGCACGACGACUAUAAAGCAAAAGACGGUCAGACCGUCCUGGAAUGAAGACUUCGAUGCCAAAGUGCAAAAUGGCGAGAAUGUUUUACUAACUGUGUACCACAGCUCUAUCAUUUCUUCCGAUGAUUUUGUGGCCAAUUGCACUGUGGCAAUCGAGGAUCUCUUGCAAAAUGGAGUGAAUAAGAAUGGUGCAAGCAUCUCUGAUAUAUGGAUUGACCUUGAACCGUCUGGGAAAGUCCAUGUUGUCAUUGAACUCAAGGGAUCAUCUGAAGAUCCUCCAAAGGAGAAAGUUUUCAAAGUCCGGGAAAAUGCAAUGCGAAAGAGGCGGGGGGCGAUGCGACGGAGGGUACAUCAAAUCAACGGGCACAAAUUCAUGGCAACAUUUUUGCGACAACCAACGUACUGUUCACAUUGUAAGGAUUUUAUCUGGGGUUUUUACAUGCAAGGGUACCAAUGUCAAGUAUGUACAGUGGUGGUACAUAAGCGAUGUCAUGAGGUUGUGGUAUCAAGGUGUCCAGGACACAAGGAUGAUGCCAAAGAGUCUCAAUCCCAGUCACAGCGGUUCAACAUCAACUUGCCACAUCGAUUUAGCGUUCACAGUUUCAAGAAGCCGACCUUUUGCGAUCACUGCGGUUCACUGCUCUACGGUUUGCUACGACAAGGGCUUCAAUGCGAAGCAUGCAAAAUGAACGUCCACAAGAGAUGCGACAAGAACGUUGCACCCAACUGUGGUAUCAACCCCAAGAGAAUGGCCGAAAUCCUGUCAGAGAUGGGUGUGACGGGCGAUAAAUUGUCAAUACGCAGGAAAAAGGCCUCCAUCUCGGAAUAUCCCAAAUUGGGUUCCUUGGACGCCUGUGCCUCCUCCUCACCACGCCCCUCCUCCCAGCCCACAUCGCCUAGGUCCGCUCCCGCCGAGCUGGCAGGAAUCCCAGAAGUUGUUCUUGUUAGUAACAACUUAAAUGCAGGCAUCACCAAGAUCAAUGACCUGAGCCAGGCCACAGAAAAGCUGUCGGUGGAGAACGACGAGAAUAAGUCUUCGUCCCAUAGUCUCAAGACGCCCUCCCUCAAGGAGGAGCUGGAGCGGAUACCCAUGCGGAAGUUUACCCUGGAGGAUUUCAACUUCAUCAAAGUCCUUGGGAAGGGGAGCUUUGGCAAGGUGAUGCUGGCAGAGAAGAAGAACAGCGAAGAGGUGUAUGCGGUGAAAGUGCUGAAGAAGCACGCCAUCAUCCAAGACGACGAUGUGGAGUGCACCAUGACGGAGAAGCGAGUGCUGGUCCUAGCCAACAGACACCCCUUCCUGACAUCCCUACAUUCCUGCUUCCAGACUGUGGACCGACUGUACUUUGUCAUGGAGUAUGUCAACGGUGGUGAUCUGAUGUUCCAAAUCCAGAGGGCUAGGAAAUUCCACGAGCCCAGAGCCAAAUUCUACGCAGCUGAAGUGAUCCUUGCUCUGCAGUUCCUGCACCGGCACGGUGUAAUAUAUAGAGAUUUGAAGUUAGACAACAUCUUGCUAGACAAUGAUGGCCAUUGCAAACUUGCCGAUUUUGGUAUGUGCAAGGAGGGGAUCAUGAACGGCAGAACAACGGCGACAUUCUGUGGCACACCAGACUACAUUGCACCUGAGAUCCUGCACGAGCUCGACUACGGCCCGUCUGUGGAUUGGUGGGCCCUAGGAGUCCUGAUGUACGAGAUGAUGGCUGGCCAGCCUCCCUUUGAGGCCGACAACGAGGACGAUCUCUUCGACUGUAUCCUGCACGAGGAUGUCCUGUACCCGGUCUGGCUCAGCAAGGAAGCAACGUCCAUACUGAAAGCAUUCAUGGAGAAAAACCCAGCCAAGAGGUUGGGGUGCGUUGAGAGCCAAGGUGGGGAAAACGCCAUCCGGCAGCACCCGUUCUUUUCCGACAUCUCCUGGGAGAGAUUGGAACAGCUCAAAGUGGAGCCACCAUUUAAGCCCAAGAUUAAAACGAAAAAGGACGUCAACAACUUCGACUCGGACUUCACCAGGGAAGAGCCUAAGCUCACACCCAUCCAGGCCAACAUCAUCAAGUCCAUCAACCAGAACGAGUUCACCGGCUUCACCUACACGCGGCCAGACCUGGACCGACAGCUGCAGACGACAACAGACAUCGACUGAUCCACGGUUACCGCACGGGGGAAUCGGCGCCCGUCCAAGAAGUUGAAAAGGAAGUAGGUCGGGGAGGGGUGGAUGCAGAAUUGAGAUUCAGAAACUGAGCUGGUGUUCUUCUCUCAGAUCUGAGUUCUGCUCUGCUCUGACCAGGGAACGAUGGCUUAGGCAUGACACAAGAUUUGGAGCUUGUCUCUAAGCCACUUUGUAGCAAGUUCAAAUGACUAGUCUCACAACCAGCUGGGUAGCAUCAUAGGCAUAUAAUAGGUAUCUCUCUGUCCACAACAGAAACACUCAUUUUGUGCGUCUCUGCUUCCCCCUCAGGAGGUUGUCUUCAACUUUUCCGAUCUUUGACCAUAUCCUUGAAAAAAAAAAGUUUUCUUUGUUCCCAGACCAUGAAAUUAUUCAGUAGGUGAGAUAAAAGCCAUCAACUUCGCCACCCAAAUUGAUGACGUAAGUGCAGACUCAUAAAAGAAACUCCCAAUUCCCAAGCCUAAGUUCGACUACAACAGUAUUGAAAACAGAACUUUUAAGUAACUUUCACAACUGUUUGAAGCCCAAAGUAACUGCCUACCAGUUGUAACUAUGAUAUCAGCGUGUGAGUCACUGUCUUGAAUCACAGUUGGUGACAAAUUUGAAAAGAGAAAUAUUUUAGACUUAAUCCAGCCACUCCCUGUCACUGCUGAACUUUCUGUGGUAUAUUCACAAUGGUAGGCUGAGUUAAUGUAUCCAUCUGCAAUGUACAAGUGUUUAACAUUAAAACGGAAUGUCGUACACACCGUCAUCACGUGCGGAUGGAACUUGUACAAGUUUAGCACUGGCGAAUCUUUGGUAGCAAAUUACAAACAUGUGAGAGUUUUUAAGAAGUUGAUCCUGAGAGUCAAAUUUUCAAAACCUUGUGCAUGGUUGACAAUAUAUAAACUUUGAUCUCGUAGGAAUAGAAUAAAUGUUGGAGAUAUUCAUAUGUAGAUAUGUAGAUUACUUCUUUUCCCUUUUUUUUUUUGAGAAUGAUACAGUCAGAAUGUAGUUGACGGCCUAGGCGUCUUGCACUGAUUUUUUUUUUAGCAAGGCUUAGAGAAGUCUUCAAACUGCACUGUACAUGUGUAAACUGUUGCCCCACUGCAACCAUGUAUAUACUAUAAAAGUAUUGUUAUUAGCAAACAAACAAACGUAAGACUUGUCUGUGUAUUAUUCUUAUCAGAAUUAUGACAGUCUAGCUGCAACUCACGAUACAAACCUUGUAUAAACUUGUAACUUUUGCUCUUUUCUUACGGGGGACCGCUUUUUGUCAGAUGUGCAAUCCACAUUACAUGUUAAGUGUUUUUUGUGUUUUGUUUUGUUUUUUUAUUUGAGAGAGGUGGAAUUGAUGAGCAGUAUAAAAUUGAAUAUUGCCAAUGCCAAUUUUGAGGAGUUUGUGCAAUGAUGAAUAACAAUAGGUCAUGUUGGCAAGCUUAGGAGAUUGAAGCCCCCCCCAGAAAUACCUGAACCAUCGCUGUAGAUUGAUCAUAGUUGUUAUACACCGAGCAAGUUAGCUUGCAUUGUGUUGGGCAGCACUGCAGUAAGGAUAUUGCAUGCGGAAUACAGAAAACCUGAUGGGAACCAGCUAUUCUUCAUCAGUUCCACUGUGCAAAUGUCGAAGACCAGCAGCCGAGUUCGCUCAGUGCUACGCUGUCACAGCACUCCACUGAUGCGCCAUUUAUGGCGUGCGUUGUGCAAGAAGUUACAAAUUAUGGCACGACUUACGUGGUCCCUGUGGAUGUCAUAAGUUGCAGCUUGUGAAGUGUACAGCAUUACGGGCUGGUGAUGCCUUGCUGAGGUAUACUUUAAUAAACUGUCUUGGCAAGAUGGCUGCUUAGCUGAAAUUUGUUUCAAAUGCCUAGUGAUCAGCACAUGUAGUAAUAUCGGUCACUCUAUGUACUAACUUGCCAUUUUAAAGCAUUAUUGCCUGAAAAGAUACUGAAAUUAUUGGACUUGAACUUGGACUAGGAUUCAGAAAGUUGAUUAACUUGACUAAUUUACCUUGAUUCUUAAGAAGUGUAAGUACUUUGGUGUGCACUGUAAAGGUUGGGAUGUUGCCUGUUCAGAUGACCGACUUAAUCUUGAUGUCUAGAUUUCGUCUUGAUGUCCAGAACCUGGGCUUGUUGACAAGGUCAUUGAGACUUGGACACUGAACAGAACAGUGAAGUUGUGAGAUGAAGUGAGUGGAGACUAGUGCAGUGACUCAGCAUGUGCAGUCUCAGAUCAAUCCGUCUGAUAGUCACAGUGGCCUUGUGAAAAGGCUACAAGAGCCUCAGCGUGGUAUCACGUGACAGGGAAGCCAUGCCCGUGGGGAGGUCUAUGCUUUACAUGAAAAUGAAAGUGAGUUUCAGAAUAUCAACACCUGCCGUUUCAAUCUGACAUUGUUUGUCAUUCCAAUGCAUUUGUUUCCCUCUGGAUUUUUUGUCAGCUAUGAACCAGGCUUAAAGGUACAGUCCAUCAUUUGUCAUUUGUGCAGUAAGUUCAUUGGAGGCAACCAACAUGCUCAAAAUCUAAAGAAGGAUGCUUACAACUGACCAUACAAAGUUGGAGCUCAGUGAAUGCUGUAUAUUCCGAGAAAGACAACAAUUAGUCAAAGAUGUCGAUAUAACUCAUAUACAUGUGUAACUCUAUAACUGUUUCGAAUCGCACAAAAAUUCACUGUUUCAGACACGCCGUCAUUCAGCUGAUAGCAGCUAGGUGAUGUACUGCAAUGAACCGACGAAUCAUAGCAGCUGUGUACGAGUUUGCAUCAUGUCAACACUUGCACAUGCUUCACCAAAUUAAAAAAAACAACUACUAAAGGCAAUUUCCAGAAAGGGGUCUUCAGAGACCUAGGAAAUGGCCGUUUUUGUUACUUUUUCCAAAAUGACAGCUUGCCCAAAAGAAUGAUUUCACAGGGAGCCUAUUAGUCCCAUAACUAUCAUUAAACCAAGUACGCAUUUCAACGAAAAUUUUAUCAGUUGCUUUAUGGAUAGCUGCAAAUGUGGGACUGUACCUUUAACACUGCAUUGACCUCACAUAAGCCUCUGAGGGGAUGUAGUUGGUUGACAUGCUUUUUUUAAAAGGUCGACACCAGGGUUUACGUGCUAGAUACAAUUUGGCAGGGAACCAGUGAGAAGCAAUACAUACUAAAAUGAAGUGUCAGCUGGUAACCUAAGAUAAGCAAAUAUUUUCCAUGCUGAGUAGAUUUCAUUGUUCAGCCGCUCCAGGAAUACGGCCCCAUGGACCGAAGUUCCGUAGGUAGAGAAACUGUGUCUCUAGCAGUGUUGUCGAAUAUGGUCCCUCACUCUUGGAUGGUCAAAGUUGAUACUGCUGCGGACUUUCAAAGUCAAAAUUUUUUUUUUUUCAGUAAUCACUGUGGUCGUUCUUCAAGCAAGUGUUAAAAGCAGGAAAAAAAAAGAAAUAUCGUUCUAUUAAUGACAGUAGCUGAUAAUGUGCAACUUACCUGUUCGUUGAUAAUACCAAAUCACGUAGAUCCUGUACAGUGUGACACCAUCAUUACAAACGUUUAUAAAUGAGAUCAACCUUUAUACAGAAGUUAUCAGAUGAUCUGAAAGACAUAGAGGCUGUGUUUAUUUAUUAAGUUACUCUCAACUUGAGCUUGUUCAAGUCCUUGUUUCAAUUUGGGUAUUCCUAUUACUGAAAUUUGGGGAUUUGUAUUGGGUUGGAGGGUUGGGAGACAGUUUAGGAACUAUUAUACAUAUCAAUAACUGUUAGUGGAUCACAAGUUUAUACAAGCAUUUCUGCUAGGCAGGCAGUUUUAGAGGUAUGCUUUCUAAACAAUGUCAGGUUUUUUCCCCCUUGAAUUCUGACUUCUCUCAUGAUAGAAGUACUGGCAUUGUAAGUGCUACAAACAACAGUAUCAUAUGUAGUUGUCUUGUUGGAUUUGCCCAACCCACGUACCUGACUGUAACCUGAUCUUCUAUCGUUGAGUCUACGAGAUAUGAUCAUACAGUUUAGCAAUGCUGUUCCAGUGAGGGAGAAGCUUUUAGCGAGAUUGAUUAGGGAGACCGUCUUUCCAAUAUGAGGCACAUUUAUUUUUUAAGUAAUAACUACAAACUUGAGACACAAAAAGCUUUUGUAUGGAGGUGAAUCUUUAAAUUUUGAGAACAAACUUUAUUUAAAAAAAAAAAGGGUGGCAAAGCAUUUGUGUAGUUUCCAAUAUCCUCAAUAAAUGCAACAUUUACUAAAGACACUGUAAUUUCGGGGGGAGGGUUGUUUUUGGGUUUUGUUAUUUAUCUUCCCACAUAUGUAUUGCAUCCUCAUAUGAUCAGUGGCCAGUUAUAGAUAGAGUACAUGUAAUUGCUGAAGCUGAAGUUUCUAGACAGGACUGCAAAUACAUUUGUAGCCAGAUUUGAAGCCAAGAGAAUUAUUAAUUUGUUUCAGUACUCAGCAUUUGAAUGGUAUUGUUAUCAGGAGGAAUUCAAGUAAUCUACUCAGCAUUCAGUUAGUUCCACUUGUGUUUAUUUUUAUUUAUUUUUGGGGGGGUCUUUCUCUAGAAAUAGACUCAACUCAACCACAAGAUCAUUGUACAUGUAUACAGUAAGAGCAGGAAAGGUGCCACCAUUAUUGGCAUGCUUCACAAAUGUAGAAGCGGUCUUGCACCCCGACUGGUCCGUACAAAGACACUUAAGUGUGUUCACAGCCCUUUAUGUGUGCUAUUGUAGAUAGAUUUUUAACAGUAAAUCAUGUCACCUUUUGUGUUGAAAAUGCAUUGAUGGCAUGGAUUUGGCAUUUUAUAACUAUAGAAAUUGAUCAGGACAGAAAACUGAGGUGCACUGUUUGGCAUUAUCAUGAAAUUCUUGACUCCAGACUGGAGUAACGGUGCAUGUGUUGGAGAUGGCCCGUGACAUGUGUUGAUCUCCCAACUCCAGUCAGCAUAGUGAUCAAAAGCGAAGAAGUUGUGGAUUUCCCCCCAUAUUGCAAAUUUCUUCACGGUGCAAUAACCUUAUCUGAAGAACAUGUGGAGAAUGAUUUAAGAUGUCACCAACAAUUAUAACAAAUAUUGCUGAAUGGUUGUGGCCCCCAAAGAAACCGAGAAAAAUUCCCAACUUGGCUCAAUUUGAGCUUCUUGCAGUGGACUUCUGCAGUGACCUGAGAAACAUUCAGACUGUGAUAGCUUUGACCCAGGGCCACAGGUUAACAAUAAGUUAUGAUAAUAUGCUGGGUCCACAAGUUGACUUUAUGGACCAGCUGCCCCUAAAUUGGAGCUUGAAGCUCUUAUUUAGAGCUUCUUGCAACUUGUGUUUUUAUCUGUGAAAAGAGCUUUUUUGCCUCACACAGAGGACAGGGCUGAACAGAUACCGUAGGCAUACGUAGUUUUGUUUAUUCAUAAUUUGCAGUUUAUUUUGUGAAUGUACAUGGUCAGUGAAAAAGAAAUUGUUUUUUGUCUCCUCCCGUUGAAAAAUUAACCUGUGGAAAAAAAAUGGUACAGUGCUGAAUAUCAUCAUCAAAAUGUGCACCAGACUGCAUCAGAAGAAUUUUUGAAGGGUCCAAACCCAUCUUUAGUAGUUAAAAUGACUUAAAAGUCCUGGCAGUCUCGGUAUUGCACAGCUGGUAGGCUCUUCAGAGUAGACUUAAAAUUGGCAGAACUGGAUUUUUGGAGACUUAAGUAUAAUUUGUGUGUUCAUGCCUGUGCAUACACUCGUCCCUUUUUGAGAUAACUUUCCAAGAUGAUAUGAGGCAAAAAUGACUAUUUGUUUUCAGUUUCCAUGGUGACCUAUUUAAAAAAUGUAUCUGAAUACCAGGCAAAAUUAACAGGUGGCUAACUCACGGUGGCUUAUGGAACUUGACCAUGUCUGCAGUUGUCAUGUCAUUUGAUGGGCCAUUUCUGUGAUCCUUAUUGUUCUGCGAUCUGGGAUUGAGGUUGACAAUCGGUACAAGUUAGCCAGAAACAUGUAGGCACUUUUUUGCAUUGCGUUUUGAGUUUGAAUUUUAUUUAAAGCCUGAAAUACUGCCUUUAGAGGGUGUUUAUAUGUCUGUGCAUGGACAAGGGGAGCAAGAGUGUUUUUGCCCGCUGGUGAAAAAAAAAUUAAAGAAAUAAAAAGAAAAGAAAAAAGCAAAAUAAAAAAAAAGAAAGAAAGAAGAGAUGGAAAGAGGAUGAGCAUCAACUCUGGCCUGCAAAAAUACCUGAAAAUUUAACCCCUUCCAUAGUCCAUGAUACAUUAGUUUAGCUGCUUAUGAGUGAUUUAGCCCUCCUAAACUCCAGAAGAGAACCCAAGUGAUGCCCUUGUCUGUUUGUCAAAACAGUCAAGAAUGUCAACGUGAACAGUUGACCCUGUAGGAUUUCAGGAAUGGCCCCACAUCAUCAUUUGCUUCAACCUUGCUGGUUCAUUUGCUGUAGCUCAGAAAUGCUAAUUGGCCAUUGUUAUCUUCACACAUUUUACACUGGUCCCAUUCAAAAGGCUGUGUACUAAUACCUUGGUUUCUUGAGGAAGAAAACAAAAUGUCUUCUGAGAUGAUCUUUUAAACUUUGGAAAUGGAGCAGGUUUAGACGCAAUUAUUUAUUGUGCAGUAUUAAUCAGGAUAUCAUUUCUUUCUUAAAUUGCGCCGUCUUUCUGUGUUGUGUAUUUAUUUUACAAGGAAGCUUUGAGUCUUAAGCCAAGAUUUUUUUUAAAUUGAAUAAAAAAAGUUCAUUGCCUCAUAGGGGUAAAUGAGAUUGUCCUGUUUGAAAGCCUUGAUUGUUAUCAUGGGAUGAGCAUCUGAGUAAACUAUUUGUGUAGGCGAAACAAAACACAAUACCUUGUUGAUUUGGAUUUGUAGAUUUGCAUUGUAUAAAUAUUACCACCUUGGUGGGUUGUAUUAAUUAAUUUCGGGCCUCCACUCUCUACAAACUAAAUGUACCAUGACUUUGAUUUAUAUAUUUUGGAUUUGAAAUUUCCAAGCCUGUACACUGGACUGCCCUUCAAAAUAAACAACAAAACCAAAAAAAAAAAUCAAAUCUGGCCCAAUCCUACCAGCCCAAUUACAAAUCUGUGGAUAAAAGUGCAGAGUAGAAAGGGUUAGUCAUUAUCAAAUGUGUAGAAUGAAAAAAACCCACCUUCUCGGUCAGUGGUUUUUAUAACAAGUAAAUGCCUGUCAAGACAGAUUUUCACAUACCCUUUGCUUCACAGAGGUGCAAAAUGUGAAUUUAAGCAGUAACUACGCAGAAACUGUUGAGGAGUUUGGGGAAAAACAACAGAUUUUAAAAACAAUUUUAGUUAUCUUUUCCUUGGCUCAAGUAGCCUGUGGAGACUGUCCCAUUCAGUUUCCCGAUUUCUAUGGACUGCCUACACAAUAUUUAUGCAUUUUUUGUAUCAUUGGGUGAGUGGAAUUCACCCGUCAGCUUGUUGGUUAUAAGUAGACUUCUUAUGCAUCGGUUCACAGCAUAAACAAACAAAAAUAUCGUGGAGUGUCAAAUCUAUACCACAGUUUGUUAUUGAGGAAAGGUUGUAGCAUGUUAGAACUAUAGACUGACGGCACCUGCUAAGUUGCGUGACCUACAGGGGGCAUCAAACAUCAACAGACGUGGUGUCCUCCCAUAGCAAAGUGCCUUUUAAGUGUUUACCAAAUAUGAAGCAGAUUUAUGGUGAAGUACCCAUCACGGCAAUAGACUGAGUACUACACUGUCAGCUUUAUUUUUGGUAAAUGAUACUUAUGACACACUUUGUUGUGGGAGGACACUGUGUUCAUUGAUGUUUAAUACCCACUAUAGGUCACAUGACUUACUGGGUGCAAUCGGUCUAUUACUUUGAAUUACCAUAAUGUAAUUAGAGCUAAGUGUGCUUAUAGUAAACACAACGGUUCUAGUAAACGAGAUUUCUCGGAUUUGAAUUCCACAACAGUUAACUGUCAUUCGCUCCCUUGUGUCACUCAGAAACCAUUAAAUGUGUAUAAUGAAGAAUUCAUUUGAGCCAUUCGUAAACUGGAACCCAAAUGGGACCGGAAAUCAAAAUUGUGGGGAAAAAGAGCAAGUUAACAGUGUCAAUGCACUAUUAGAAUAUAGUGGGGGGAAAUUAAAUACUCUGAACAUUCUCUCUUCUCGUUUUGUACCGUCGGUUAAUAUUUUCCCCAUUUCCAAAAGAUCAUAUUUAGGUUCCAGUAUUUACAUAUAUAGUCUUUGGAAACUGUGUGUUUUAAGCACCCACAAACCUACACGAGGUUUUUGGCAGAUGUAAAGAUUUUAACUAUCACCAACUCCUACAAGUAAACAAAACAAUCUGUGAUGUCAUUUUUAUCCCUAGCUAGAUGGAAGAAAUUUGUGCUUCUAGCUGUACUUAUGUGGUCUAGCUGUUGUUCUUGUGGUGACAAUUUGAAAAAAAAGAAAAUUAUUAAGACAAAUAUUAAUUACAAGUUUACAGUGUAAAAAAAAAAUAAAAAUUAAAAAAAUGUUAUCGAUGAUGUACUGGAGUCAAGAAAUUGUUGGAUCACACCCUGUUGUAUCAUACCAGUGAUAACGUGACUGUGGUUCAGGUGAACUAAAAAUAAAUGUGCACCUUGUAUACAACGUCA